GUCUCCAAUUGUGGCCAGCAACAUUUGCCAACUUCACGGAGCUGAAAAUAUAAAUAUCUGUUGCUUUAGUUAGCAAGUCGGCAUUUACUACAUCGCAUUUUCAUCUUGAAAAUUCAGGUUAAAGUGAACUUCUAUAUUGUCGUCGUCAAAUGAAGGAUCGUGGUUUGGUGCUAGCUAAACAAGGUGCCUAGCUGGUAACUGGCUGCACUGUGUAAACCACGCUAUUACUUUUGCCCUUCAGAGCACAGAACAGUAGUGUGCUUCAGACAGACCGUCUUCCGUAGGCCGGCAUUCGCUAGUUCUUUUGUAGCUCAUUUGUUCUCAGUUUUACUCAGAUGAUCCCGUUAUUUAUCUGAGGAUUGCAUACUCAUUCUAUUACAUUGUCAUUGCCGCUAAGUGAGCUCCCUCAGUGAAAGUCAACAUGGGUGCUGAGGACGGAAUGGGCUGGGGAGGUAGCAACCUUUCUCCACAUUUGCACACGGAUGAAUGCAAUGAGCUGAUCACGCAACUGAAGCAAUGUCACACGGAGCACAAUGUCCUCAGGUUCUUUGGGACUUGUAACGAUAUUGACCGAGCCAUGCGACUGUGCCUGAAGAAAGAGUACAAGGUGAGAAGGCAGCGGAGCUGGGAGCACGCACAGGAGAUGAGGCAGAGGAUAAAAGAGGGCCCCAAGGAUCAGGACUGAGCCGCAUUCAGAUCGACAGGACUUCAAGCACCAGAGGGUGCUCAUGGGCACUCACAGAAGAGCUUACCUUGAUUUUAAACGAUUCCUUUAAUCUGAGGAUCUGAUCAUUAAACUAUGAAAAAAUCAAGUUUUGAAGACUCUGGACUUCAUGCUGCAGUGAGCCAUGUUGAGUUCUGGCAGAUCACAGUGAAUGGACGAGGCAACUUUCCCACUUUCCUGGUGUGUUUAGGAAAUUCAUAAUUUAAAUGAAUGGGGUGGAAAAAAAAGAAGAAAUAAAAUGAAGAUGCCCUCUUCACAUUGUUCUUGAUUUAAUCAGGAAUAUAUGAUAAACAUGAACAUGCAACACCAUGUCUUCCGUUAACCCCAUGAGUCACAGGUUGGAGUGGGUUUAUUUAUUUAUUUUUCCACAGUGACAUUUUCAAUCAAUAUGGUCACGUGAUGUACAAUUUAAAAGAGUUAAAACCCACGGUUCUAUAUGUAUAAACUAUUUUACGAUACCUUUGCAGUGCAUGUGGGGGGGAGGGGACAUGCACAGAUUACAUGAAUCGGGUAAAUUUGGUAUUUCUUUCAUGGCAAGGGUCCAGCGAACCCUUUUUUACAUUUUGCCUUUGCGUACUUGUGUAAAAGUACUUUUUUGUAGGCUCUCCGGAACACGAUCAGCCUAGCUAUAAUGUUCUCUGACCAGUACCGGUAAAGCAGUCACAUCGUAUAGCCAACGUCCCUCUCCGUGCGUAAAAACUAGUGUAACUUCUGCUCAGCAUACAACCGGCUAGGAGUACGGUAUAAAAUGGAGGACCAAGUAACAUUUCAGCAUAUGAAACUAAGCUUCCAACAGUGUGUUGGGCUGGCAUAAAAUAAAAUUUUUUCACCUGCAUAAACAAACCGUAAGUUUUUCAGGAGGCAAGCUGAGACUAUUAUGCACUGGCAAAAACAGUUCUUGAGACUUAAUGCCUAUAAAGGUUGAUGUUUUACAACAAAAAAUUAUUAGUCUAAGUAGAAGACUCUGCCUUUGGAGGCCUUGGAAGAAAUGGUGAGCAUCUAAUUACAUCCCCAAAGUAUUUUAUUAUUAUUCAGUGUACUAAUAAAAAGGUGCAGGCUUCCUUUUGAAUAAUAAAUGGCAUGUGAAAUUGUGGGAUCUUUGAUUUGUUAAUGGGGUUUGGGUAUUUAAUAACUUCAAUCAAUGGACCUCAAGCAAUAUAUUAGUAUACUAGAUGUUAUUAUUGUACUUUUUUUUCCUUCCGGACCUGCCAGAGCGGAGAGCAAGGAGAGGGAGGUUGAGAGGGAUAAGUAGGGGGAGGGUGACCAGCAGGGGUCCUGUCUGCCACCAACCACCCUGUCUGCCACCAACGAUCAUUCCAUGGUCAAAUGUGACUUAGAUCACAUUUUUUCCCCAUUCUGAUGGUUGAUGUGAACAUUAACUGAAGCUCCCGACCCGUAUCUACAUGAUUGUAUGCAUUGGACUGCGGCCACACAAUUGGCUGAUUAGAUAAUCGCAUGAAUAAGUAAAAAUGUUCAAAAUAAAGUGAUCGGUGACUGUAUAUUGUCUUAAACCUCACUACACCUAUAAUAUCAUUUACUUACCAUGUGUCCUUUUGGAGUCCCCAAAUGGCCUAUUUGUUAAGCUGCCUAGACAUUGCUUAGAAAUAUUUUUGGUGAUCUGCCUGACUCUUAAAUUUGUCUGACUCCUGGAAAAGAAACCCCCAAAGUUUACUUUUCAGAAGAGACCAGGAUUAUUCCUUCAGUCAAAAGGGUUCAAGAAUAGUAACCAUUUUAUUUUGGGCAUGUCAUACUCAAACUUCUGUUAAGAAAAGGGGGCGAUACUUAAAGGGUUACUUGACCGUAUUUUGUGGUAAAUUUCUUGGAUUUUGAAUGAAACGUUGAAAGUGGCUGUUACUGUGGUUGUGUGGUUACUGUGUGUGAAAUAAAGAUAAAUCUGCA